UGUCUCAUCCAGCCUGUCCCAUCAUCAUCCCCUCCCACCAAUCGCGCCUCUCUCUCUCUCUCUCUCUCUCUCUCUCUCUCUCUCUCUCUCUCUCUCUCUCUCUCUACGGGUUCUCUUAAUACAUCCAUGGACGCAUGGCGCGUGACGGGACGGCUGUAAUCAAAUGCGGAAGUUUACACCCAGGAAAGCUGCUUCCGUCACCCAACCAAGAUGAGUGUUGACAUGACAGUUGAGCUUUAGCGAGGAGAAGAAGCGAGGCGGCGAGACCGCAGGAAAACAACAGAGCCAACGCCGCUGAACUGGACUUGAGACUCGCAUAUGGCUUCUCUGAACAGCGCGGAGCGACGGGCUUUCGCUCUUAAAAUCAACAGGCACUCUUCUGCAGAGAUCAGACGACAGUUCAAUGGGAACUAUGGCCCUCAACACAGCCGAACCAACUCCAACGCUUCGGCCUCAGUGUACCUAACUGUGCCUCAGUCGUAUGAAGCAGUGGAGCCCUUGGACCUGGAGGAGUUCCUGAUGUCACAGUUAAGAAGUGGAGACUCGGCCCUGAUGCAGGAACUUGGAGACUUCCCUGACGAUGACCUGAAGGUGGAGCAGGUGGAGAAGGAGUGUCGCACUGUUCGACACUCUGUCCCUAAAGAUGGACUGGAGUUGGAUCCACAUGUGAGAGACUGUGUAAAGAGUUAUACUCAGCCGUGGCUUUUGGUCUCCAGAAGGUGCCAGGGCGAUGGCUGGAGUGCGUAUUCGGAGCGAGUAGGCCUACACAAACUCCUUCGUAAACAGACCUUUGAGUCCGACGUCGAGCCAGACAACCAGCAGAAGCCGGUCAAGUCACCAACACUAGCGGGGCUGAGUGAUGACUCUGGCCGCACACUGACCUCCUCCGACUUUAACUUGCGGUCUUUGACCCCGGACAAGAGAGUUGAGGGGCUGCUGGCCUUCAGCAGCCCCGAGGAGCUGGACCGCUUCAACCAGGAGGCCCGGCAGGGGAACAGACACCCCGAGCUGUUUGCUCUGUACCCCCCAGCCGAUGAGGAAGAUGCAGUGGAGAUUCGGCCCAUCCCUGACUGCCCCAAAGAACACACUGGAGACCGCAUCUUGAUCCGAUGCCAGACCAUCAAGUUUGAGAUUGAGAUUGAGCCCAUAUUUGCCACUAUGGCCUUGUAUGACCUGAAAGAGAAGAAAAAGAUAUCAGAGGACUUCCACUUUGAUCUGAACUCAGAACAGUUAAAAAACUUCUUGAAACCUCACACUCCACACAUGGAUCAGUCUACCCUGGCCAGAUCUGCCAUCUACUCUGUUACUUACCCUUCCCCAGAUAUCUACCUGGUCAUCAAGGUUGAAAAGGUUCUCCAGCAGGGAGAGAUCGGUGACUGUGCUGACCCCUACAUGACACUGAGGGAAUGUGACUCUGCAAAGAACAAGGACAAGCUUGAGAAGCUGCGAGGUCAGGCGGAGACAUUCUGCCAGAGGCUGGGUCGCUAUCGCAUGCCAUUUGCUUGGGCAACUGUUAACAUCAUGGAAGUCAUCUCCACUGCUACGAUAGAUCGCGAUGUCACCGACUCUGACAGCUUGAAAGGAGGUAAAUCCAGCAGCAUUGACCGGAAGGCACAGCUUCCCAGGAGGAAUUCUGAACGUUACAAUACCAUUGAUGAUCAAUUUUGUAACGUGUCUGCCUUCAAACCUGCUACCAUCACUAUCAGCACCAUCUUCAAACAGGAGGGAGAUCGUUUGAGUGAUGAGGAUUUGCUCAAGUUCUUGUCUGAGAUCAAGAAAACCUCCACCCCACAGAGGAGAGUCAAGACAAUACCAGGUUCCAUAAAACUAGACAUGUCUCCAGUCCACGAAACGCCACUGGCAUGUUUGUCCACUGAGCUCAUCCCUCUGAUACCUGUGGCUGAGAAGAACAUUCGGCCAAUCAAAGAGGUGCUGGAGUUCCCAUCCAGUGAGGUUUAUGUCCCUCACAACGUUUACAGGAACCUGCUCUAUGUCUACCCCCAGAGGCUGAACUUUGUCAACAGGCUUACAUCAGCAAGAAACAUCACCAUCAAAAUACAGUUUAUGAGCGGAGAGGAUCCAACCUGCUCUCUGCCAGUAAUUUUUGGGAAAUCAACUGGCCCUGAGUUUUUACAGGAAGUCUACACCCCUGUUACCUAUCAUAACAAGUCCCCAGACUUCUAUGAGGAAGUGAAGCUGGCCCUUCCAGCGCGUCUGACAGAGAGACAUCACUUGCUGUUCACCUUCUACCACAUCAGCUGCCAGCAGAAACAGAACCAAAGCGGCAGCUGCGAGACGCUCAUUGGAUACUCUUGGCUGCCCAUAGUGAAUAAUGACCGACUGCAGACUGGUCAGUUCUGUCUGCCCAUCGUCUUGGAUCGACUACCUGUCAACUAUUCCCUGCACACGCCUGAGAAACUUCCUCCUCAGAACCCUCCGGUCAAGUGGAUGGAAAGUCACAAAGGACUUUUCAACCUCGAGGUCCAGGCUGUGUCAUCUGUACACACACAGGACAACCACCUGGAGCGUUUCUUCACCCUCUGCCAUGCCCUGGAGGGAGGAGCUACAUUCCCGCUGAGGGUCAGGGAGGAGAAGAUUCCAGAAAACAAGCUGGAGCAUGAGCUGAAGCUCAGCAUCAUCUCCCUGUCUUCGUCUCGUUUAGAGCCUCUGGUCCUCUUCCUCCAUCUGGUGCUGGAUAAACUCUUCACCCUCAUCAUGCAGCCCAUGGUUAUCGCUGGCCAGACCGCCAACCUGGCUCAGAUAGCCUUCGAAUCAGUGGUGUCUAUUGUCAACAGUCUUCAUAACAGUCAGGAGCUGAUCAGGGACCAGCAGGGUAGAAACAGCCUCUUGGCGACCUACCUUUACUGGGUGUUUCGUCUGCCUGAUCCCCCUCGAGACAUGCAGAAUGCAGAUUCAAGUAGUAUACCAUCGGCAGAGAGCCGUUACAGCACCAUGGGUCGGGCUACAGCAUCCGCAGUCGGCUCUAUGCUUCUCCAAUCCAGAAUCCGCAGCAGCAGCAACCCUGACAUCCCUGCUCCACCCACCUCUGCUGAUGAUGCUGAGGUCAAAAACAUCCUCUCUGCCAAGGUACAGAGGGUUUCCCCAAGUAAAAUCUCUCUGUAAGAGCAUUCACCCCACCUUAAAAAAUCUUCAUUUGCAUUGAAUUUAAAAAAAGAAAAAGUUUAAUUCCAUGAGGAGUUGGCCCUGCAGAUGGUCGUCAGCACCGGGGUCUGCAGAGAGAAUGCAUACAAAUACGCCUGGUUCUUCUUUGAGCUGCUGGUGAAAAGCAUGGCUCAGCAUGUGUCUCAUCUCGAAAAGCACAGUGUCCCUCGGAGAAACCACUUCUCUGACCGAUUUAAAGAUGACAUCACCACCAUUGUCUCUGUGGUUACAGCUGAGAUUGGGACCAUCCUUGUCAAACAACAAAAGGAAGUAGAGCAAGCAGAGAAAGUCAACAUCAGCCUGGCCUUCUUCCUCUACGACCUGCUGUCUCUCAUGGACCGAGGAUUUGUCUUUCAGCUGGUGAAAAACUACUGCAACCAGAUGUCAGCUAAGUCAGUAUCAAUGCCAACAUUGAUCAGCAUGCGUCUGGAGUUCCUGCGAAUCCUGUGCAGUCACGAGCACUACCUCAACCUGAGCCUCUUCUUCAGCAGCCCUGCCUCUGCUCCUGCCUCACCAUGUCCAUCUAUCUCCUCACAGAGUUCCAGCUCAUGUAGUUUCCAGGAGCAGCAGAGGAUCUUGGGGCUGUUUGAGCUUUCUCAGGAAUUCAAGCAGAAGCACUACCUCACCGGUCUGCUGCUUACAGAGCUCAGUGCCGCCCUAGACAUGGAGUCAGAGGGGGGAAAGGUCCAGAGAAAGGCCAUUAAUGCCAUCUACAGCCUGCUGUGUUCCCAUGAUCUCGACCAUCGCUGUAUUAAACCUGAGGUCAGAGUCAAGGUGGCUGCUCUCUACCUCUCUCUGGUGGGGAUUAUCAUUGACUCCACCAACUAUCUGGACUUCACUGUUUCUGACACACGUGGCGGGAAAAACAAGACGGGCACACCUGAGGAUGACCUUGAAAAUGUCCCACCCAUCAAUCAGUCUGUUGCCAUGGCGAUUGCAGGGAACCCCUUCAACACGCUGGGACGGAAUGUUCUCGUUUCCAUGGCAUCCAUGCAAGGUAAAUCUGUAGCCACCCUGGCAGCAGACACCAGUCGCCACCUGUUGGUGUGUUUCCUGUGGGUGAUGAAGAACGCGGAUAGGAGUCUGAUUCAGCGCUGGACUGUAGAAAUGCCUCCCUCGCUGCUCAACAAGCUGCUGGAGCUUCUCACUAUCUGUGUGUCCUGCUUUGAGUAUGGGGGUAAGCAGAGCGGUGACAAAGUGAGCACUCAGGCCCUACAGAAAUCUCAGCAGGCCAAGCUGCAGCUGGAGGAAGCCCUGCUGAGAGGAAUGGGAGCCCGCGGGGAGAUGAUGAAACGAGUUGGAGGAAUGGAUAGGACUAUUGGUCAGAGAGAGAACCUACGAUGGAGGAAAGACCUCACUCAGUGGAGACAGACCAACGACAGACAGGAUAAGACUAAAGCAGAGUUGGACCAAGAGGCUCUGAUCAGUGGAAACUUAGCCACAGAGACUAACCUUAUAGUGCUGGACCUGCUGGAAACCAUUGUACAGGCAGUGCCAUUGGCUGAGUGUAAGGACAGCAUGGUUGGUGGGGUAUUAAAGGUGUUACUUCACUCUCUCACCUGCAACCAGAGUACCACUUUCCUCUCUCACACCUUCAGCACACUCAGAGCUCUUGUUGUCAAGUUUGGGGACCUGUUGUUUGAGGAGGAGGCAGAGCAGUGUGCAGACCUGUGCCAGAAGGUGCUUCAGUACUGCAGCAGCCCUGUCGAUGAGAACAGGAGCCAGGCCUGUGCCACCCUUUACCUCAUCAUGAGAUACAGCUACAGCAAUGCCAGUAACUUCUCAAGAGUGAAGAUGCAGGUCACCAUGUCUCUGGCCUCGUUGGUGGGCAAGUCCUCAGACUUCCAGGAGGAAUACUUACGAUGCUCACUGCGCACCAUCCUGGCCUACGCAGAGGAGGACACUGAGAUGCAGAACACUCAGCUGCCCUCGCAGGUGGAUGAGCUUCUAAGAAACCUUAACAGUAUUUUGUCAGACACCGUGAAGAUGAGGGAGUUCCAGGAAGAUCCUGAGAUGCUCAUGGACCUUAUGUACAGGAUAGCAAAGGGCUACCAGACGUCUCCUGACCUCCGUCUGACUUGGCUGCAGAACAUGGCAGAGAAGCACAACAACAGGAAGUGUUACACUGAGUCGGCUAUGUGUCUGGUCCACGCUGCUGCCCUGGUGGCCGAGUAUCUCAGCAUGCUGGAAGAUCACAAGUACCUGCCUGUUGGCAGCGUCACCUUCCAGAACAUCUCCCCCAAUGUGCUGGAGGAGUCGGCGGUGUCAGAUGACAUCCUGUCCCCGGACGAGGACGGAGUGUGUUCAGGACGCUACUUCACAGAGAGCGGCCUGGUGGGAUUGCUCGAGCAGGCUGCUGAGCUUUUCAGCAAUGGUGGUCUCUACGAGGCAGUGAAUGAGGUCUACAAGAUCAUCAUACCAGUCCUAGAGGCUCACAGAGAUUUCAGGAAACUGGCAUCGACUCAUGAAAAACUACAGAGAGCCUUUAAUAACAUCAUUCAGAAGGGUCAUAAGAGGAUGUUUGGAACAUAUUUCCGGGUGGGUUUUUAUGGGGCCAAGUUCGGCGACCUGGACGAACGGGAAUUCAUUUACAAGGAGCCAGCAAUCACACAUCUGCCUGAGAUAUCACACAGGCUGGAGAACUUCUACAGUCAGUGUUUUGGAGACGCAUUGGUGAUGAUUAAGGACUCUACACCAGUGGACAGAAAACAACUCAACCCCAGCAAGGCAUAUAUCCAGAUCACUUAUGUGGAGCCCUUCUUCGAUGACUAUGAGAUGAAAGACCGGCUGACAAACUUUGAGAAGAACUUCAACCUGAGGCGCUUCAUGUACACCACGCCCUUCACCAAGAGCGGGCGGCCGCGGGGGGAACUCUACGAGCAGUACAAGAGGAAGACCAUCCUCACCACCAUGCAUGCCUUCCCCUACGUCAAGACUCGAAUCAACGUCAUCCAGAAAGAGGAGUUUGACCUGACUCCUAUUGAGGUGGCCAUAGAGGACAUGCAGAAGAAGACUAGAGAGCUAGCAGUUGCCACACAUAGAGAACAGCCUGAUGCUAAAAUGUUGCAGAUGCUGCUACAAGGCUCUGUGGGAGCCACCGUUAACCAGGGCCCACUGGAGGUAGCCCAGGUCUUCCUGAAUGAGAUCCCAGCGGACCCGAAGCUCUUCCGUCACCACAAUAAACUGCGCUUGUGUUUCAAAGAGUUUAUAAUGAGGUGUGGUGAGGCAGUUGAGAAGAAUAAGCACCUGAUCACAUUGGACCAGAAAGAGUACCAGCAGGAGCUGAAGAAGAACUACAACCGCCUGAGAGAGAGCCUGAGGCCCAUGCUGGAGAGGAAGAUCCCUGAGCUCUAUAAACCCAUCAUCAGGCCUCGACUGGAGAACAGGGAUUCCUUCAAACGUCUAAGUUUCCGCAGAGCUCAAGAGGAAAACUCCUGAGAUGCCACGGCUCGCCUGAGAGAGAGCGCUACAGAGAGGAAGGGGAGGCUGUCACACAACCAAGAGAGGAAAAAAGAGAGAAGAUAAGAUGAAAGAGAAGAAAAAACAAGGAAAGGAACUGCUGUUGAUACCCUUGCACUCCUCUGCACUGGAUCAGUACAUUGUGUCCACAAUGGAGGACACAGUCCAGCAGUGUUUAUUAAUGGCUACUCUACAUCCACUUUUAUGAUGUCAUGGUUGUUUGUUACAGGAGGCGAGAGGAGUUAGCACAUAAAAAUAUGGAAGUGGGAAUCUCAAACAAAGUGUAGCUUAUUGAGCAUUUCACUGUAAAAUCUUCAGAUGCUUUGGCUCUGUUGAUUCCUCCUUUUUUUUUUAAUAGAUAACUGCAAGUCCUAAUAAUGCUGCAAACAUUUCCUCUGGGUUGGUAAAGAGGCAGACUAGAGUUCCUCUUUAAAGGUCCUUGCUGGCCCAGGGCCUGUAUGUGUGCCAAUUAUGCUCGUGCCCUGUGUGUAUGUGUAUAUAAAUGUGUGAAUGGAUGUGUGUUUAUUUAGAUAAUGUUUGGAGUAGAAUAUUUUGGUGCCAUACUGAAGUCACUUUGUACUCCGUGAUGAUAAAUGAUUCUGUUAUGUGCUAAAAGGCCUCUGAAAUUCCACUCCAGGCGUCUAUGCAUGAAAUGUGCCAGUUAGAGCAGCAAGAGUAUGGAUGGAUUUGUGCACUGGAAAAAUUGACACAAUUUCCUGUGUGAGCUCCUAAGGCCAUUCUUUGUCUUAAUACUGUUGGGCAUACAGCACCUGGCUAUGUAGCUAAUGGAAGUGUUAACUUAUUGAGAGUUAUCUGAUGUAAUAACACAGGAGGCAGAUAGAUUUAUCUGAGGCUCUAAAUUACACACAGCUAAUCUCUAAAUCCACUUUUUUUUAUAGUAUAGGUAUUACAUCAGACAGUUACAAAGAUGUUUACAAAGAUAUGAAAAACUAUUUUGCAUUUUAUUUUAGGGAAAUUAAUUUUUAGAUAAAUAAUAACAAUAAUGAUAUUAAUUGGAAAUAUUAUUCAGUAGGCAGGAUUCAGUGAUACAGCGAGUGUACUGUAACAAUAUCAGUGUAUGUUCCAGUAGUUUCAGUACCUGAUUGUAAAUAGUCUACGUCCUACGAUACACACAGUGCCAAAUUUAAUUCCUACCUUAUUUACUUGGGAACUGAGAUACUUAACUAGAAAGGCAACAUUUCUAAAAGUCACUUCACACAGCUGUGCUUUGCAAUGUGAAUUAUACUCCAUAUGUCAUUCAAUCACUGGAGACAGCCUUUGUCCAUUUUAUUAAAUGUGGAAUUUGUAGGCCUACUUGUCAUGCAUAAAAUGAUGUUGAAGCAAGUGAAUAAAACUUAAUAUAUACACAUUUGUCA